CACUAGUUACCACAUCCACAAAGUCCAAAUUGGCUAUAUCGAAAAAUUCAUGAAAUCAAACAUUUAAUUUUUGGUGUUCAUUUAGGUUCCGGCAUAAGGUUAGCAAUCUGGUUAGGGUUAAGGUUGAAAUCAAAUUUGAAGAAGAUAAAUUGUAGAAAUGUUUGGGGUUACGACUUUGUGGUUGUGGUAACUAGUGACGACCGACUGCUUUGGACGCUUCUUCAACAACACCGCUCAACCACCUCGGUAGCUUGCUAACCGACAAGAAGUAGAAACAUUGAAGCUCUGUACACCAUGUUUGUGUAGCUACACAAAUCCAUCCCAGUGAUUUAAACACAGUUCUGUUAAAGUAUCUACUAUUUCAUUUAAACGUAAUUUGCGUGUUAAAUUUGCAAAUGUGUUACCGAGCCUAGCACUAGGGUAGUCGCUAAUGAUAGCUAGCUAGCUAACAUCCCUGACAAUGAGCUCACAAAGCUACUCUCCUCCUGCUAAUGAAGAGGUCUGCUGGACGGAGAAAGCAGCUCUGGGGAUGAACAUUGUUGUGAAAGAAGAAGUAGCGGAGGAUAUUACAGUGAAAGGAAUGGAAGAAGCAUUUCGAAUUAAAAAGGAGGAAGAGGAGGCUAUCACGUUGAAAGAAGAGGAUGUUACAGUGAAAGGAGGGGAAAUACCGUUUGUUGUGAAAGAGGAAGAGGGAAUACAGGCUGUCACAGUGGAAGAGGUAGAAGCUUUCAGAAUGAAAAAGGAGAUGGCUUCCUCUAUCACAUUGAAAGAAGAGCCUUUUGGAGGGAAGGAGGAGUCCAUAACAUUGAAAGAAGAACCUUUUGGGGUGAAAGAAGAGGAGGAGACAGAAGAUCCGAUCAACACUGAUCCAAAAACGAGGCAAUAUGCAGUUUUCUGGCCCUCCCAGGGCUCUACAGUGGAGGAGGACAUCAGAAAGGUACAGGAUGUAUCUACUGUGGUACCCGUGAAUCCCAGACAGUUUGGUGGUGAUGAGGAUUCUAUUCACUGCGACAACGAAUGGGACGUGAAAGACAAGGAUUGGUUUCCUAGCAACAGGCUGAAAGCAGAGUCGGCUCCAGAGUGCCACACCCCAGAGCAGAGGGGGUGUGGUGACAUGUCUUUCCCUCUCCCAGGGUCCCCAGGUCGUGCCUCUCCCACUGCUGCCUUACUGUGGGGUCUGAAGAGGGUGUCUGUGCAGCUGGUCGACUGCAGGAAAACACCGGGUCUGAGUGGAACUGUGAGAGGAGAAGAAGAGGGAGAUUCAGAUUCAAGUGAAAGACCAGACUCAGAGGAACCAGACCCAGAGACGUCCAAACCAGGAAGACAACACCACUGCUCCCAGUGUGGAAAGAGUUUUACCCGGUUAGGGUCCUUGAAAAGGCAUGAAGGAAUACACGCAGGAGAGGAGACUUACCAUUGCUCCCAGUGUGGAAAGAGUUUUACCAGGUUAUUUAGCCUGAAAAGACAUGAGAUGAUACACACAGGAGAAAAGCCUUUCCACUGCUCCCAGUGUGGAAAAAGUUUUACCCGGUUAUGGCACCUUCAAAUGGAUGAGAGAAGGCACAGAGGAGAGAGGCCUUUCCGCUGCUCCGAUUGUGGAAAGAGUUUUACCCAAUUAGGGAGCCUGAAAGAACAUGAGAGAAUGCACACAGGAGAAAAGCCCUUCAACUGUUCACUUUGUGGAAAGCGUUUUACCCAUUUAGGGAGCCUGAAAGGACAUGAGAGCAUGCAUAGAGGAGAAAAGCCCUUCCACUGCUCACAUUGUGGAAAGAGUUUUACCCGGUUGGGGCACCUGAAAACACAUGAGAGAAUUCACACAGGAGAAAAGCCCUUCCACUGCUCCCUGUGUGGAAAGAGUUUUACUCAGUUAGGGGGCCUGACAAAACAUAAGAUAUUACACAAAGGGGAGAAGCAUUUCCACUGCUCCCUGUGUGGAAAGAGUUUUAUCCAGUUAUGGGGCCUGAAAACACAUGAGUGGACACACAUAAAAGAGAAGCCUCACCCCUGUUCCCAGUGUGGAAAGAGUUUCACACAGUCAAGAUACCUGAAAAAACAUGAGCUGACACACUCCGCAGAGAAGCUUUGAAAGAAUCCACAUGGCAGAGAUAUAUAUAUUGGAAAGAUAUUUACCUAGUUAGGGAACCUGAAAGACCACGAGGUAAGAGACACAGGGAAAAUGCCUUACCACUGCUCUCAGUGUGGAAAGAGAUAUUUAACAUAAAUACAUCAGUUAAUUAAUGAGUUAACACAUACAGUGCUCACACACUUGUCUCAUACUUUUGACUGACUAUAUUUGUUUAUGCCACAUCAAAUCAAAUUGUACAAAGUGAACUCAAUGUUUUUUAACAUGAAUUAAACAUGGAGUGAGUAUGUCUGUUUCAAUAUAGAGUAGGUCAGUUGUAAUGCUUUUUAAUUAAAUUAUAACUUUUUAGAA